AUGGGUGCAGAGCAUAGUCGAUUGAUUGGUCAAAGACUGAUUGAGUUCAGUCAGAACUCAAACAGUUCGGGCCGCAGCCGUGAAUGUUUGAGCGAAUUAAUUUACGAUACUGGUCAUCUCCUGCCUGCCGACGUCUGGGAAGAUAUCAAGGCUCUAGUGACAGUCACUCUCCCAACGGCAACUCCACGAAAACACAAGGACUAUCAUAAUGAUCCCAAUACAACGCUCGUUUCAAAAAAUCAUGCACCCAUCUCGAAAACACAGGCGCCCAUUUGGAAAAUGAAAUUGCCUAAGGAAAUAUCAUCCAAGCUGAAAGCAUGGGAGGGUUCACCGGAAACGUUUUUUGAUAUCCCCAAGACUGCAUACACUGGACUGCUUUGCGACUACAUUAAUAAGGCUGAAGAAGACACAAUACUAUGUCAUUUUCGAAUACGGUUUGCUCUGAGGGAGUUUUCUUUGAACUUCAGUUCGUGGGGACAUGAAACACGCAAGUUCAUAGCCAAACUCAAAGCAAUUGGCGACAAGCCUCCAACAAGAACUACACUCUACAGAUGGAAGAGGGAAGGUGCGGUCUAUGCAAAUUUCGCAAAGCAGUUUGGUUUGGGGGCUUUAUUCGUAUUCCCGUUUACCAGGAACCAAGUCCGAUCCCAAGGUUUCGAGCCGGUCAUUUCCGAACUUCCCUUAGCUAUCAAGACAAUUGUAUCUGAAUGUGAAGGGGCCGGAAAAGAAAUUUCUGAGCAUCUGUCUACGAAACAGAGGGCAGGCGGGCUCUACAACGAGGCGAUCAAGUAUUCACAAGGAACCAACGGAAAUGACGCGGCUCUCCAGCCGGCUAAUGCCGACUUGUCUGUGGUAACUCUCAACAGUGAAGCCUCACGCUCAUCCAUCUCCCCAACUAUCAAUUGCAGUGAUCAAGUCAGAUCCUUUGAUGGUCUCUGGCGCUCAGGUGAAAAACAACGGGGUCCUACCGCUCGCAAACGCCCUCCCUCGCCCCUCGCCCGCGAAAGCAAACGGGCACAUUUCGCCGAAGUUGGAACGCUGCCUGGCGACCGGAGCUUGUUUAGCGAGGACUUGGUCGCACCGGCUGAAAGCCCAGCACAGCAGUUGGACGUUGUUCAUGUCUCGUAUUCUAGUGCCAGAACCAGAAAUUUUCCUGAAGAAGAAUCGGACAGCGUCAAUGUUCCAGAUGGAUCAUCCCCGCCAAUCCAUUAUCUUGCGGGCCAGGCACCUGUCAAUGUCGAUCCAGCACGCAUAACUGAGUCGGAAGAGGUGGAUGUCGGCAUUUGCUUACAAGGAGGUGGUGACUGCCAAGAUCUGGACACGACGUCUCUCGGUCUCCUGUCAUAUGCUGCUACUAGCCUCGCCCAGGACAGCCCAGGCGGUGCAAGCCUUUCCACUACAGAAAUGCUGGGCCCUAUAUCAAGAAGCGAUAUCCCGCAUGGUCAAAUUGGCGAUGUUGAACAGCGACAGACUAUGAUGUAUGACUUCCCUGCAGCUGAGCUCGGUGGGAUCCAACUAGAUACUCGUGACAUCGAUGAGCUUUCGUUUCCAGAAUUUUUAGAUCACUUAGACUAA